UCGGGUCCCCGGCUGCCCGGAAGUGCGGCAGGCCCUCGGGUCCCCGGUUGGGGUGCAGGCAGAGGGCAGGUCCCGGCAUCAUGGCGAGGUCCGGGCUGGGCCAGGACCCGGACGGCACAGCUGCAGUCGCUGUGCUGAAGCGGGCGGUGGAGCUAGACUCGGAGUCGCGGUAUCCGCAGGCUCUGGUUUGUUACCAGGAGGGGAUCGAUCUGCUCCUGCAGGUUCUGAAAGGCACCAAAGAUGACACAAAGAAAUGUAAUCUCAGAAAAAAAAUUUCUGACUACAUGGAUAGAGCAGAAAACAUAAAGAAAUACUUGGAUCAAGAAAAAGAAGAUGGAAAAUAUCACAAGCAAAUUAAAAUAGAAGAGAAUGCAACAGGUUUCAGCUAUGAGUCACUUUUUCAAGAAUACCUGAAUGAGACAGUUACAGAAGUUUGGAUAGAAGAUCCUUAUAUAAGACACACGCAUCAGCUGUAUAACUUCCUUCGAUUUUGUGAGAUGCUUAUUAAAAGACCAUGUAAAGUAAAAACUAUUCAUCUUCUCACCUCUCUGGAUGAAGGUGGUGGGAAAGAGCAGCAGAGUAAUGGCCUGAGAGAAAUAAAAGAAUCGCUCAGGAGUCACGGCGUGCUGUUGGAGGUGGAUUACUCUUCUUCGAUACACGACCGGGAAAUUAGGUUCAACAAUGGAUGGAUGAUUAAGAUUGGAAGGGGACUUGACUAUUUUAAGAAACCACAGAGUCGUUUUUCCCUUGGAUAUUGUGAUUUUGACUUAAGACCAUGUCAUGAAACAACAGUGGACAUUUUUCAUAACAAGCACACAAAAAAAAUAUGAUACACAGUGGCCUAAUUUGCAUCAUGUAUUUCUAUUUUGAGUGAAUAUUGUUUUUUUCUACUUUGUACAGAUCAUUGCUAUAAUAUAUGACUUUAUCAAUAAACUUAAAUUUCUACUACUUUAUGG